UAACAUAUUUUGAUUAUUUCAAGCAAUUCAUAAAUGGUAUUCUUGCAAGUGGAGGCAUAGACAGACGCCAAUGUUGGUUUUUUAAAUUGUAAUGUCCAAUUUUUUUUAUGCUCGAUUUUGACACAUCAACAUAUUCCGAGUGUAAAAGUACCGAGGUAUGUUUAUCUUAAAACCUAUCGUUUCUUAGAUAUUCGCAUAGUUUACACAUUCUACGUUCAAAAUAUUUCACAGAUUAUGUCAAAGAAAUUGUUCCAUUUAUGUAAUUAAGAUUAAAAAUGAAAAACGUCAACGAAGAUACCGAUAUAACUUGAACACAAUCUUAUCAGAGGCAGACUAAAAAUAUUCCACUUCGUUCAGUUUUGUACAGUAUGCCAAUUAGUUCUGUGCAAGUUCACCACGCAUUCCACGAUGCCGAAAACACCGUUCACUUUCAGAGGACUCAUAGUUCCCGUGUUUACACCCUUUCGUAAUGACAGCAAAAGAUUACUGAACUUGUCAAUUGUAGAACAAUAUGCCGAAUAUUUAGCCAAAAAGAAGAUCACUGGUGUGCUUGUAAACGGAACAACCGGAGAAGGUACGUCUAUGUCUGUUACUGAAAGGAAAUUAAUUACCGAGGCAUGGGCAAACGCCGUAAAAAGAACAAAGCAACACUUGAUGGUUCAAGUAGGCGGUGCACCACUUCCGGAUGUUCUCGAACUUGCAAGACACGCCGAAAGUAUCAAAGCGGAUUCCAUAUUAUGUUUACCGGAAUUAUACUUUAAACCAACCACAUCGGAUCAACUGACCAAAUAUUUAAAAUUAGUCAGCGACGCAGCUCCGAACACGCCACUUCUAUAUUAUCACAUUCCAAUGUUAACUAACGUUAAUGUGCACAUGGGACAAUUUCUUGAAUCUCUAGGAGAAAAAAUCCCAACUUUCGUGGGUAUCAAAUUCACAAGCGCUAACUUGGAAGAAGGCGCACAAGCAUUGCACGCUGAUAACAACAAAUAUGUGAUCUUCCUUGGAAAUGAUCAAUUGAUGGGUGCCGCCACUGCGUUAGGAAUGGAUUCGUUUAUAGCGACAUCCAUGAACAUGUUGCCAGAACUUGCGAUUGAAAUUCUGGCAAAAGGAAAAUCAGGAAAUAGCGUGGAAGCCAGAGAAAAACAAGAAAAACUUUCGACAGCUGUAAUCGCUAUAUCAAAAUAUGGUAACUGGGUGGAAACUAUGAAAGUAGCUAUGUCUAUUCUAACAGAUAUUAACGUUGGUCCUGUACGCGCACCACUAAAAGUUCUGCCUCUAGAGAUCACAGCAACAAUGGCAAAAGAUUUAGAAAAAGCACUUUAAAUCAUUUAUGCUCAAAUAAAGUUUUCUAAUGUAAUCAUGAUUUUAAAGAACAAUUUUCAUUUAAAAGAUAUUCACCUACUUAUUAAUAAUCAAAUAAUCUCUAUACAUACAUAACUAUUGUGGGUUCAGUGCGUGUCUAGAAUGAUUCGAGAGAGAGGAGAGAGAAUCAUAGGGCCGUGCGUAAAGGAUAAGCUCUCGGGCGCGGCUGUGUCGUUUCCGUGUGCCUUCGUUCCGCGA